AUGGGCAUCAAUGAGUUAGAUUGUGCACUAUGGGCUGGGACUCGGUUUCUUAAGAAAGAAGGAAGAUCAGAUUCCACGACAGCUAAACUUCUUUCAACCGUCUACAUUAUUGUUGGUACACAGGAGACAAAAGAGCAUUCACUAUAUAAUCCAUUGAAUCCCCCUUAUGUUUCACCAUCGCCCACAGGCAUUCGACUCAGAAGCACAUUCAGCAGACAAUCAGUGCUCUCAAUUGUAUCCGCAUCCGCAAUUCGAGCUAUGAUGACAAAAACUACCCUUCUUCUAGUGGCAACUUUAGUUAUUGUGGUCGCAGCAAGGAGCCCAGUGGCUGCCCAACCCCCACCAGCGGAAGCGAAGGCAGUCAUCACAGUCACCAAUCUUAGCCCCGUUGAAGUUCUACUCUUCCAGAUUCUGGCCGGCAAAUUGAACCCGAUGGACACAGUCCCCGCCAACACUAGCCAGUUCAUGAUCCGAAACUUUCAGGCCGUCGACGGCCAAGUAGACUUGCUUGUGCAGAGCACGGCGCUCGGUGUCACAUCGCAAGUGGGACGAGUGCUCACUCUUUCGAAUGUGACCAACAUUGUCGUCCGUGUAAACUCAGCCGCAACUGGUCUCGUCGCGACCAUCACCGGCUUGCUUAACGGUCCAGUAUCAGUGGCACUGGACCUCAUCUUCGACACUAUUGUCGGGGCUCUUACCUCCACUUCUUCUCCAUAGAGGUGAUCAAUACCGCAACAAAAUUAUAUGGAAGAUGCUGGACGAGCACCUGAACGUUAUCACAGUUUAGUGAUCAGUGUUCGUCUGGAAAGCUGUGAGAGACCUCAAUGUCAAUGUCUAAAUGAAAUAGGAGAUUAACCAAGUCAUGAUUACGGGAAUAAUCAGGAGACUUCCCUGUCAAUGCUCUGCCAUCGAGCAUAUAUGCUGAAAAAAAACCGCAUUUGAGUUAAGAAUCCUCUUAUCUGGUUUGGAUGGGGAACUUGGAACCCCAAUUACUCUACAGUUUUGCGUACUCUCG